CCUUCCUUUGCACUCACAUUCUCUGUCUUCUUCUCCACCUUCCUUUCUCCUGAAAGACGCCAAACAAUGAAAACUUUUGUUUCAUCUUUAAUUUAAAUUUUAUCUUUCGUUUUUCCAAUUCAAUCUUCUUAUUUAGCCCUCCAUUUUAAUUUGGUGGAGAAAUCAAUGUUUUUAUAUAUGGGCAGAUCAUUCAGAUGAUUUAUCCAGCAGGAGUUCUUGAUCGCAACCUUCUUUAUUGCUUAUCUUUUCAUGGGCACUUUACAACAGGGGAUCCCGGUCAUUUUUCUUGUUAGCCAUAUGAAUUCUAUGUGCUUCGUUGGUUCCUGGUUUGGAGGCCAGAAGAUUUGUGCUACUCAUUAUUGUUGGAUUGUUAGUUUGUGUUAUUCAAUGGAGGCUCGUAGUAGAACUGCAGCUGAGAUGUGGAUGCCAUUGGUUGAUACAUAGUACAAUAGUCUUCGUGCUAUUAGUGAACUAGUUUUGUAGGAAUCGUUUCAUUACCCUUCAAUGAAUUUGCUAGAACUAGGAGACUUGAAUUCUCUUAUUUGUUAUAUUCUAGAUGAAUUUGAAUAAUUAGAAUUGAUUAGGAAAUACAAUAUUGUAGAAAAGUAAUAGAGGCUAGAAAGUGUGAGCGAGGAAGAGGAGGAAUAACUUAUUUAGCUCCACUUACGUUGCUUGGUUCACCAUUCUCUACAAAUUUAACAAUGGGGUUGCCGCAAAUUCCCUCGGAUGAUAUUUCUGAGGAAGGUCAAGCUGCAUCUGUAGAUGCAUUUUCUCAAAGCCCACCACAGUUUUCAGGUGUCAGCACCUGUGGAUUAGAUUGUAUGCUCGGAGGAAGUUUUAACCAGACCAUUGGGGGUUCCGUGUGUUCUUCACUUGGAGAUUUUCAAAGGAAAACUUCUCUGGAGCUUUCAGAGGAUUCUUUCAAACUUGGAGGGAAAACGAAUGCUUCACCCAAUGCUCAUGGGCUGAAAAUAGGCUAUGCCAGUGAUGUUGGAUCAUUUGCUCCUCCUAGAAGUGAAUUGAAAGUCCAAAACCCUGCUUCUAGGAUUGUGGGUUUUGAAUCACAUGGAACUAGUAAGGUACUGGAGGGAGCUCCUACUGAUGUUCACUCUUCUCCUAUUGGUGUCAGAGCUAAUGAAACAGAGUCUAGUGUGCCUUUAGUCAGGAAGCGACUGUUGUCUCCAUUAAAUAGCAUGCUUUUCUCGGAUCAAUUUCAUGGGGACCCUCUUGACAUUAGCUACAGAAGCACCCAAAUAAACUCCUCUUCCUUAGCUGAUAAGCACAGGGUUUCUGAUCCACAAGACAAUAAGAAAGCAAAUGUUGGCAGCAAAAUUAAUUUAACGACACCAUCCUGGUCUUUGUCAAGCUGCAUUGAACAUGGAAACAAUCUAUGUAACAAAGGGGGAACUGCUUCAGUUAUUUUUACAGAUGGUCCUUUGCUCGAAAACAAGGAAUCACAUCUUUCUCGUCAUUUUUCAUAUUCAUCUGGUACUGAUCAGUCCCAUGAAUCAAGUAAGUUAAGGUCCCGAAGUGGAGCAAUAUCUAUAUCUCCCCAUGUUGCAACUUCACCUGUUUCUUUAUCACCGCUUGGUCCAAAGUUCAGUGAAAUGAUAAGUGCUGCAGGAGGAUGCAGGAAUCUUAAAAAGGAUAUCGAUGGUUCUCGUUCAACUCUAAAGAAUUUAGAAAAUUCAGUUGAAAGUUUUAAUUCUGGUAUUAUAUUUACUGAAGAAGAGGAGUUUGAGAUUUCUAGCAGAUCACUUGAAGAUAUUGCUUAUUUGCACAAAGAAUUUUGUCGUCCUCUGGAAAAUACUGCUGGGUUGAACUGGGCUUCCUGUCACGAACCAGCUCCCACGUCUCCAUGUAUGAGAUCUAUAAAAGGCUUGGGUGGACUUCCUGUUAGGAGGUCCUUGGUUGGUUCAUUUGAAGAGUCGUUAUUGUCUGGAAGGUUCUUUUCUGGAAAGCACAGUCAGAAGAUUGAUGGUUUCUUAGCUGUUCUAAGCAUAACUGGAGGGAGCUUCUCACCAAAAUCACAGAAACUUCCGUUUUCUGUAACCAGUGUGGAUGGAGAUUGUUCUCUCCUGUAUUACACAUCCAUAGAUCUUUCAAGCAAUUCAUCUUCAAAUAAAUGUCAAGAUCAGAAGCUGAAAAGAGGCCUUAGCAAUGAUGAACCGCAACCUGUUAGAAGCCGGUUGCAUAUUCCUAUGAAAGGGCGCAUACAAUUGGUUCUUAGCAAUCCAGAGAAAACACCUCUUCAUACGUUCCUUUGCAACUAUGAUCUGAGUGACAUGCCAGCUGGGACCAAGACGUUCGUGCGCCAGAAGAUUACAGUAGCAUCUUGUAGUCCCAACUCUACUGAGCUGAACAGCGAAGUUAAAGGCAGUGAAGGCUUGGAUUCAAUACACAUGACUGGCGGCGACAAUGAUCGGUGCAAGGAGUACACCUCCAACGAUGCAUGUCAGAAAACUGACCGGAAAGUUCCCCAUGGAGGUGUUAAGAUCAACAAAAAUACCAAUGGUGCUGGUUCAUUACGAUAUGCUCUUCAUCUCCGAUUUCUUUGCCCUUCCCCCAAGAAAUCUUCAAAGUCAUUUCAGAGAUGUAAAUCUGAUCUAGGACCAGUUCCACAAAAGACUGACUUUGAAAAGAACAGGGACAGGAGGUUCUAUUUGUACAAUGACUUUAGAGUCGUUUUCCCUCGACGUCAUCCGGAUGCAGAUGAGAGCAAGUUGAACGUGGAAUAUCAUUAUCCAGACGAUCCAAGAUACUUCGAUAUCUCCAACUAAAACGUCUAAUUUACGCCUCAGAGGCAUGCUUUUUAUGCCAACUUUGUACAUAGUUAUCGCUUGCUUCAUUUCAGUCAUCUCGUUUCGAAAUGGCACUAGGCCUGAUCAAUAUGUAUAUAUCUCUUUCGUCUCAAAUAAUUUGACGGGUUAAAAACAUUGUUAAACUGGCUUGGUCUGGCUUCCUUUAGCGUUGUAUAUAUGU